UGGAGCUCUAAUUGGGCCAUGAAAGUCUCCAAAUUGGCAGUUGGGGUUUUGUAGCCGGUGAGAUGAGGGCCGUGUGGCUUGUCUGUUUGUUUGUUUGCGGCUAUGUUGGCCGCAGCGGGGGGUAUUUUGUCGGUGCCGGGCUGAACGUGCGCUUCGCCCAAAUGCUGUACACCGACAGUAAAUAUCAGGCCCUGCGCGAGGAGAUGGUCAAAGCUAACACCAGGAACCUUGUGUACCACUGCCGAGCAGACAAGAGUGAUUGCGACGCCGCCCUAGCCAAGAUGAGAUAUAAAGCCAGCAAACACUUCUAUGCCCUGUCCAGGGCUGUUGUAGACUACGUUAAGAAUAAGCGACAGGCGCGGCCUACUGGUUAUGUUGGAACGGCAACUUUCUGCCAAGACAACACGUGCAUCCCGGACAUGGACCCGCCCGUGGUGCUGGGAGGGUGCUACGCCCUCAUCUCCUGCGGGGGCAACAUGACCUGGCAUCUGGACGCCGUCGUCUACAAGAAGAAGAAGAGCAGAUACUUCUAGAUAUAUUAAACGUAUGUUUAC